AUGAGCAAACGAACAAGAGAAGUAUUCGAUCCAUCAAACUGUAAUCAAUCAUCACCCGAAACAAAAAAGCUGAAGGAAGAUAUUCCACUUUUCUAUGCCGAUAUUUUGUGUGAAAUAUUUUCUUUUCAUGAUUUUAAUUUUCUAGUGUUGAAUUGUGCACUCGUUUCCAAACAGUGGUUGACUGUUAUUUUGGAAAGAAUGAAACUUUCAUUAAUUUGUAAAAGUGAUUGUAUCAAGAAAAUGGAGGGAAGAUUUUUACAAAAUAUUUACAAAUUAAAAGUUGCAAGGUCUUCCAUUAAUAAUGAAAAAGUUUAUAAGAAACUGUCUUAUUCCAUUAAGAAUUUGAAAGGAUUAACAAUGCUAGAUAUUAGUAAUCAUGAUAUAUGUGAUCAGGGAGCUAAAUCCAUAUGUGAAAUGAAACAACUGAGAGUGCUUAAAAUUGCAUAUAACAGAAUUAAUGAUUUUGGAGCUGAAUAUAUUAGUACAAUGAAACAAUUAACCAGUCUCAAUAUUUCUGGAAAUAAUAUUCGUGACAAGGGAUCAAAAUAUAUUUCUGAAUUGGAUCAAUUAACAAAACUCAAUGUUUGUAUCAAUAAGAUUGGUAAUCAAGGAGUGGUACAUCUUAGUGGUAUGAAACAAUUGACCAAUCUCAAUAUUUCUGCAAAUAUAUUUGAUGAUGACGGAGUGAAACUCGUUAGUGAAAUGAAACAAUUGACUGUUCUAAAUAUCGGUGCCAAUAAUUUUGGUGAAUGGAAUGGAAUACAUUUGUGGAAUGAAACAGUUGACCAAACUUUCGUGUUUCACGAAUGA